AUGGCUUCGCAUCUGAAGCGAGAAAAGAUUGGCGACCAGUCAUCGUCAGGCCAUGCCGAGCCCGAGUUCUCUCAUAUGGACCAUCCCGGACGACAGUCCGAGGCCACAGCGGUUGACGACGAGGAGAGAAAGCGCCUGGAGGCUUCCCGCAAGCUGGAAGAUCCUCUUGCUGGGUUCACGCCCGAACAGUUGAGUCAAAAAGGCGAGGACUACUGUCUAGAACAUGGCAUCGCCGACGAAGAAGACAUUCGGGCCUUUCGCCUUGGCGCCAUGAUCGCUGGAAAUAUGAACAAGUACGAUAGCAUGACUGAAAUCACUGCCGAUGAACGCGCGGUGCUUGACGGCGAGUCCACUCACAAGUGGCGGAACCCAAAAAUGCUCUAUGGUGUUGUUGCCGUUUGUUCAUUCUGCGCCGUCGUUCAGGGUAUGGACGAGACUGUUGUCAAUGGCGCCCAGUCCUUCUACAAAAAGCAGUUCGGCAUCGGAGAAGAGACUGAGCGAGACACCUGGCUCCUUGGCCUGACGAACUCUGCUCCAUACCUCUGCUGCGCCGUCAUCGGUUGCUGGCUGACAGAGCCCAUGAACAAACGGUUCGGUCGCCGGGGCACCGUCUUCAUCUCCUGUCUCAUCUCUGCCUUGGCCUGUUUCUGGCAGGCUUUCACCAAUACUUGGUGGCACAUGUUCAUCGCUCGCUUCUUCCUUGGUUUUGGCAUCGGCCCCAAGUCUGCCACGACCCCGAUGUUCGCCGCCGAAUGUGCGCCUCCUCGCCUGCGUGGUGCCCUCGUUAUGCAGUGGCAACUGUGGACAGCCUUUGGCAUCAUGAUGGGUUACGUUGCCGACUUGGCAUUCUACUACGUGCCUGACAAGAGUGGUAUUGUCGGCCUCAACUGGCGGCUGAUGAUGGGCAGUGCCAUGCUGCCUGCUGUCUUUGUUUGCGCAUGCUGCUACAUGUGUCCCGAGUCCCCACGAUGGUACCUGACCAAGGACCGCCACUCUGACGCCUACAAAUCCAUGUGCCAGUUACGCUUCAAGAAGGUACAGGCUGCUCGCGAUCUCUUCUAUGCCAAUGCUCUUCUACAGGCCGAGAAGGAGACACAAGGCAUCGGUAAACAGAACCGUCUCAAAGAGUUCUUCACCGUCAGAAGGAACAGAAACGCUAUGAUUGCUACCGAGAUCUUCCUAGCUGCGGGUUUUCCUGAAGUGAGUGCCUUAUCGGCAUCCCUUGGCUUUGGCAUUAUCAACUGGCUCUUUGCUUUGCCGGCUUUCUACACCAUCGACACCUUUGGACGGCGCAAUUUGCUCCUCACGACUUUCCCGUUGAUGGCCGUCUGUCUCUUCUUCACCGGCUUCUCAUUUUUGAUACCCACAAAUCCCGCCAAGAUUGCCUGCAUCGCCUUGGGUAUCUACCUUUUCGGCAUGGUCUACUCUCCCGGCGAGGGCCCAGUUCCUUUCACGUACUCUGCCGAGGCCUACCCGCUGUACAUCCGACCCAUCGGCAUGUCCCUGGCAACGGCCACGACAUGGUUCUUCAACUUCAUUCUCGCCGUGACCUGGCCCUCUCUCCAGAAAGCUUUUACGCCUACGGGCGCCUUUGGGUGGUAUGGCGCUUGGAACAUCAUCGGCUUCUUCCUGGUGUUAUUCUUCCUCCCAGAGACCAAGGAGAAGACCCUCGAGGAGCUAGACGCUGUGUUCAGCGUGCCCUUGCGUACGUUUGCGCGAUACGGGCUUGCGCAGUUCUUCUAUUUUUGGAAGAGAUAUGUGUUUAGGCGGGAUGUUAGCCCGCCCGCUGUGCCGCAUGCUGGAGGGGUUGAUUACCAUCGCGACUCAUUCAAGCAGGAGAAGCAGCACAACCCGACUGCUCGUGUUUAA